AUAAAUAGAUCAAACUCGGGUUGACUCUUUCUAAUUUUUUUAAAUUUUUUUCCCCAGAUCGAAGCCAAAGAUCGUCGCGAGAGAUGGAGCCGGAUGGGGAGGGGAAGCCGAUGACGGCGGUGCGGGGCCUGGAUCUGGAGCGGUACAUGGGUCGGUGGUACGAGAUCGCGUGCUUCCCGUCCGCCUUCCAGCCCCGCGACGGCCGGGGGACGCGCGCCACCUACGCCCUCCGCCCGGACGGCACCGUCCGCGUCCUCAACGAGACCUGGACCGCCGACGGCAGCCGCCGCGCCUCCAUCGAGGGCACCGCCUUUCGUGCCGACCCCGCCGCCGACGAGGCCAGGCUCAAGGUCCGCUUCUACGUCCCGCCCUUCCUCCCCGUCUUCCCCGUCGUCGGCGACUACUGGGUGCUCUUCCUCGACGAGAACUAUCAGUACGCCCUCGUCGGCCAGCCUUCCAAAAAGCAUCUCUGGAUACUAUCAAGGCAGAUCCGCAUGGAAGAGGAUGUCUACAACCAACUGGUGGAGAAGGCUAGAGAACAAGGCUAUGAUGUGAAAAAGCUACAGAAGACCCAGCAAAUAGAUCCUCCUCCAGUGGGUGAAGAAGGCCUCCAUGACACAAAGGGCUUGUGGUGGAUCAAGUCACUCCUCGGCAAAUAAAGACAUAUAUAUAUGUGCUCAAUAUGUCCUCAUCUUGAAUGCAAAAAAAAAGGGCUGCUAGCAUUCACUGGAAUUUUUAAUAUGUCUUACAAUGUUAUAUUCUUUUCGAAAGAGUAUGAUGCAAAUUUCAGGAACACUUCAUCUUAGGUAUAAAUGUUAUACUUGGCUUUA